AUGCUGUCCAACAUCCUCCUCGCAGCUGCGGCUCUGGCUGCUGUGGCCCAUACGCAGACGAUCGAAACCUCCAGCGCUUCUUCAGUCGCUGCCUCUACCACCGUCUCGCAGGUGAUGCCUCCUGCCGCUACCGCUUCCUUCAAUCCAGCGGGAAUUGACUCUACCACCGCAUUCAACUGGUGCCAUGCCCAAUUGAACACCUGCCCGCAAAUCUGUGGGGGAAUUGCUUCCCAAAAUUUGUGUGACCAGAACACGUUCACUUACAGCUGUGUCUGCCCCAACGGCACCGCGCCCGACUGCACAGCCUUCAUCGAAACUCUCCCAUUCUACAUCUGUGAAGAGACCUAUAUCCAAUGCAUCAACAAUCAUCCCAAUGACGCUCAAGCUCAGUCUGUGUGCGCGGAUAAUGAGCAAUGUGGUACCCGUAAUGCGACAGCUGAAGCCCUUGCUGCUACUUCUGCCGCAUCCGCCUCUUCGGCUGCGGCGACUUCUUCCAGCGCACCAUCUUCUGCUUCUGAAUCUGGCUCCGCAACUGCUGCUAGUUCUACACCUUCUCCAACCGAGUCUGGAAACGCUGCUAUGGGUCUCUCCCAACACAUCACCACUGGUGCUUUUGCAGCAGUCUUGAUGGCAGCUUUCAAGCUCAUGAUCUAA